UAUAAGAUAAGUUGUUUCUUGUUUAAGAGUUUUCUUUUUUCAUUGAUAUUUUCAAUAAAACGUGAAAAAUUCAGAUAAAUAAAUGUAUUUUCAUAUAAUUUAAAUAACAGACUCAUAAAGUGAGUUGAAUUCCUAGUUGUAAAGAAUGUACAAAUCAAGAAAAUCAUGGAUGACAUUGAUAAUUUCCUCAUUUCUCAUAGAAAUAAAAUUCAAGCUGAUAAAGAUAAUUUAAUUAUUUUAAAUACAUCCCCAAACAACAAAAACAAUAACAAUUGCAUGCCUAAGAAAAACAAAGUCAAUGAUUGCACUUUAUUAACAAAAAAUAAUAUUUUAAAGGAAAAUGAAAUCAACGAUGAAGAACUGCAUCGAAGCAACAAUAAUAAUGAAAAUGCAAUUAUGGAUUUUCUUCAAAUGAAUUGUAACAACAAUGCCAUUGAACCUUUGACAAGUAGUUUUGUUGUUACAGCCGGUAUCGAAGACGAAGCUAAAGCCGGUUGUAUGCUGCAGCAACAGCAAUUAAUGCAAUUGCAAUCACCCAACAUGUGCAGCAUAAACACCUAUCAACGUCGUCGGUCUCCUAUAGCAACCACUUUGCCGUCGACAGUGUUAAAUCAGCAUAAUGCAAAUAGUCUCGACGUUGGCAAUAGUAAUUUUCAAAUUUAUGACAUUUUAGGACGUAAAUAUUUGAAAGAAGAUAAUAAUUAUUGUGCUGACAAAACAACAAAGAAUUUGACUAAUUUAAAUGAGCGUCAAAGUGCUGACAAUACGAAUAAUAUCGUUGCCGCUUCCAAACAACACGUAAACAAGGAUGAAAUGGAGCAAUGGGUUUCAGAUACGUUUUAUUCCUAUUUUCCUGGUUUCAAUAACGAGAAUAAAAAACGUCAAGAUCUUCUGCAGGACCGUCAGCUAGAAUAUCAACAGAAUUUCAUUAAACAUCAAAUGAACGAAGCAGCCGCCAAUAGUGGAAAGAAAAAAUAUUCCAAUAGCCAUCACAACAAUAAAAAUAAUCAAGAAGAAAAACUAGAACAAAACAUUCCUAAAGAAACGAUCAUAAAUCAUAAGUCACAGCCACCACUUUCAACGUCACGCUCCUCCUCCGAUAAGACUGAUUUAGAAAUAAUAGUUAAUAAUCCCGAUUAUGAGAUUAAAUCUCCUCGACCAGGUAGUGCACGUCAUAGAUUAUUGCAGGAUUUAAAACACACGGAAAUUUCGAAUAUAGUAAAUAAUGAUGGUGUCACGGAACGUAAUCGACGCAAUGCCGAAAUGGAAAUGGCUAAGAAAAGAAAUUAUCAAAAGGAACUUAUGGCUCAAAUAGAGGAACAUAGACGUUCUAUUGAAAUAUUGAAGGAAAAAGAACGUAGACAGGAUGAGGCCUUAACUAGGAAACUGGAAGAGCAAUUAAAAACAAUGCAUUUACAAGAAGAGCUAGAGAAAGAAAAGAUGAGAGCUGAUAAGAUGCGCUUUGAUAGCGAACAAAAUCGUCUCAUGCGUGAGCAUUUACUUACCAAGCUUGAGAACGAUACAAAAGUCCUUGAUGCAUCAGUACGCAAAACUCAUUCUGAACUUGAAAAAAUCAGUCCAACAAAAAAUAAAGUCUAUAAAUAUUUUAGCAAUUCAGCUCGCCAUGAAUUUCGUCGAGAUGCUACUCUUGAUGAGCAACCAGCAUUUCAUCUUAAUCUCCCAACAUCAUCAACACCGACUUAUCGUCGUCAUCAGAAAAAGUGCUUCCACGAUAUGAAUAAUGAUAAAAAUAUAUGCCCGUUUUGUGCCUCAACGUUAAAGAGUUACGAAAGUUGGUGCUUAAAGUGUGAGAGGAAAAUAUUUGAAAUAUCUUCCACCAGCAACGGCGAGAUUGAUCCGCUUGUUUGUGCAAAUUGUAAGAAACUCUAUUCCACUUGCCCGAAUUGUGAUAAGGCUGAAGAAACCAAUUGCAUGCAUUGCCAGAGAAAACAGAAUUUCUGUUCGAAUUGCCGAAAGACUUUAUGCACGGAUUGUAUCGAUGCAAUAGCUGUGGGAAAAGAUAACAGCAAUCAUAGACAUAAAGAUAAUUCUGAAAGGUCUUUUGAGAUAUUAGAAGUUAAUUAUCCCGACAAUGACGUCGAGGAUGCCAAUGACUUAAACAACAACCAAGAAAGAAGUCGGCCACCGUUUUCGAUCAAUAUUGAUCGUAAUUCCAUUUUCCAUCAUGAUUUCGAUCGUAGUAAAUUAUUUGAUGAUGAAAAUAGCAUCGAAGAAAUUCGAUACGAGACUGAUAAGCAACUGUCACGUUAUUUGAAAAACUAUGGCGAUCUAGCCUGUAAGGCACUACGUGAUCGAAGUACUCAAACAACUCCUGACAGUGCCUCAAGGAGGGAUAUUGUAAUGGUAGAAGAAAAUAAUCUUUCGAUGCCAUUAUUGAGAGAAAUGCCUCGCAUGACACGAAAGGAAAGUAAUUUACAACAAGCUGAAAGAAAAAAAAAAGGUACUAGAAUUGAAAAUCUUUCUAGAAGAUGGGAGGUUCCUGCUGUUCAAAAACACACUAUAACAACGAACUCACCAAAAGUUCUUACACAACUAGGGGCUAUUAAAAGACAAUUACAGUCUGAACAGCUUCAUUUAGAUUUUUAAUCUGAAAUUGUCAACAUUCCUAACGACUAUGAACAAAAAAAAAUUAAUAUAAUAUAAUAACCAAGUGCUAAUGUAACAAAUACGGUGCCUAAAAAAGUUUGCGCAUUUAUUGCUUUGAACUAAAAAUAAAAAUCCUUUUUUGUUAUGCGUUUAAUUGUUUCUACAAAAAACAUUACUGUUUGCUUUCCUAAUGCUACUGUUAGUUUUUUUUAUACACCAACUUAAGUAAAAUAAAAUGUUUUUUAAUAAAUAA